AUGCGUUUUCUCCUCCUCCUAACCGUCGCCCUAACCAUCCUCUACACAACCUGCCAAGCAGCUCCUCUUACCUAUAACAGUGCUACCUAUGCUGAUAUCAACUCAAAGGCAAAAUCCUCCAUCCGACGUCUCGCCGAUAUUCUGGAUAUGGAGAUGAUGUCAAGACGUCUGUCGUCACCGGACAAUUCCUAUUAUCAUGUUUACCCGCAAAGAAUGUCCUCAGUGCCACUGACCAUUUACCCGUUGCCAGCAAAGCGACUACAUCGGAUAGGCGGAAAUAUUGUAAUGGGCAAAUAG